AUGGCUGCCACUUCCUUCGUCGACGCGCUCAAGAGCGCAAACCUCCUUCCUUCAUCAAUCAUCCCAGACUCUUUCACCCCCACUAUUCAGCUAUCCGUCAAAUUCCCAUCAGGUCUUGCCCCCGAAAGGGGAAGUCUCGCACGCGUCAGCCAGAUCGCAGAGCAACCCGUCAUUUCCAUCUCUUCAAUGUCAGACUCCCCAUCCUCAGCAUCAACAUUUGCUUUCAUGAUGAUUGAUCCCGAUGCACCCACGCCUGACGACCCGAAAUUCGCUUACUGGCGCCAUUGGGUCAUUACUUCCAUUCCUUCGACUGUUUCCCCAACAGAUGACAUUACCUCAAAUGGGAAGACGUUGACGCAAUAUCUUGCGCCUGGACCCAAGGACGAGAGUGGCCCGCAUCGCUAUUUGUUCCUACUUUUUGAGGAGAAAGAAGGUGAGACUCUGGAGAAGGCGGAGAUUGGGGGAGAGGAGUUUGUGGAGCGAAGGAGCUUUAGGGCUGAGGAGUUGGUGGCGAAGAAGGGGUUGAAACUGGUGGGUGUGCAGUGGAUGAGGGGUGUAGGGGAUGGGUGGAAUGGUGGUAAGGAUGAGUUGUGA